UCGUCCGCCUCCCCGGUGGCUCCAUUGGCGCUGGCCCGCAUUGGGGGGAUCGAUUGGCUGCCCAGCUGGCACUGACGUCCCCUUGGAGCCUGGUGGCAGCUGGAGGUAAACAGCCAUGUGCAAUCUUCCACUCUAUAUUUAACAGCUGCCGCGGAGAAGGCAGGGAGGCAGGGAGCAGUGGCGGCUCCAGGGGCAGCUCGUCUUCGGGGAGAAGGCCUCGCAGCCGGGUGGGCACCGGCCCUCGCACUGUGAGCGUCGCCAUGCCAGCCUCCCAGAGCCGGGCCCGGGCCCGGGACCGCAACAACGUCCUCAACCGGGCCGAGUUCCUGUCCCUGAACCAGCUCCCCAAGGGGGCUCCAGAGCCCCGCAGCUCGGGCAGGAAGGCAUCGGGCCCCUCGGUGCAGCCCCCACCCCCUGGGGACGGGGCCCGCGAGCGGCGCCAGUCGCAGCAGCUGCCGGAAGAGGACUGCAUGCAGCUGAACCCCUCCUUCAAGGGCAUCGCCUUCAACUCCCUGCUAGCCAUUGACAUCUGCAUGUCCAAGCGGCUGGGGGUGUGCGCCGGCCGGGCCGCGUCCUGGGCCAGCGCCCGCUCCAUGGUCAAGCUCAUUGGCAUCACAGGCCAUGGGAUCCCCUGGAUCGGGGGCACAAUUCUCUGCCUGGUGAAGAGCAGCACGCUGGCUGGCCAGGAGGUGCUCAUGAACCUGCUUCUGGCCCUGCUCCUGGACAUCAUGACGGUGGCCGGCGUGCAGAAGCUCAUCAAGCGACGUGGCCCGUUCGAGACGAGCCCCGGCCUCCUGGACUACCUCACCAUGGACGUCUAUGCCUUCCCCGCCGGGCACGCCAGCCGCGCGGCCAUGGUGUCCAAGUUCUUCCUCAGCCACCUGGUGCUGGCGGUGCCCCUGCGCAUCCUGCUGGUGCUCUGGGCCUUCUGCGUGGGCCUGUCGCGCGUCAUGAUCGGCCGCCACCACAUCACCGACGUCGUCUCAGGCUUCAUCAUCGGCUACUUCCAGUUCCGCCUGGUGGAGCUGGUCUGGAUGUCCUCCAACACCUGCCAGAUGCUCAUCUCCGCCUGGUGAGCCGCCGGCCCGUGCUCGGGAGGAGGCCGGCCGGCGGAGGGGUGAGCAGGGCGGCCGGCUCAUCCUCCCCAUCCUGUUGGAGGCUGGUGGCCUCGGGCGGGCCCACUCUGUGACUGGCAUGUCUGGUAGCACUGGGUGCCCCCACCUCUUUGCUCGGACUCCGAGUCUCCCUGGGCAGGCCGGGGCCCAGCCGUGGGGACAGCCCUGCUUAGCUUCUGCUCUGGAGACAACAGGCGAGAACCAAGACGGCGGGGAGGGGCCAAGCCUGUCUUGUCCUUCCGUCGUCAUGACUGUCGAGUUCCUGGCUGUGCCCACCAUGCUACAGCACGAUGCUUGGCCAAAUACCCCCACCCACUGCCAACAGAGGUGCCAUUGCCAUUAACCGUCAUCACUGGCUUAGGGCAGCACCUUCCGAAGGGUGCCCUACUGGACGCUAGCCUGAAGAUGCUUUAGGAAGAAAAAGGGCUUUGGGGUCAAAUAAAUUUGGGAAAUGCUGCAUACUCUGCCCCCAUAUUGGACCUUCACGAGGGCUGUUAUUGUCAGAAACGCUCUGACAAGCCCUGCAGAAAAGCUUCCUGUUGAACCUUGUUUAACCCAUGUUUCCUAAACUGAUUUGACCACAGAACCCUUUUCUUGUGGAACAGCCAUGAACCCCUAAGGAACCACCUUGUCCUCAAGCGCGUGCUGGGAGAUGCUGCCCAGGAGCUGAAGGGCCUGAGGCAUGAGCUGGCCUUUCCCAGCGCCGGGCCCUGAGCCUGGGGAGACCAGGUGUCCGUGCUGUCACCUGCAGAAAGCCCACGGGCAUGGGCAUCAGUGCCGCUUUGGCCCCCAGGGGCCGGACUCCGUGUGACCUAAUAGGUCGUUUCCAAGUCAACCGUUAUGGAUGUGCAUUUCCUGUGACAAUACAGAUGAUAUGCGAA